ACGAGCCCGAAAAACAAAAAUAAAAAAAUAUAAAAAAUAUAAAACUUGUUUUAGAGCUCCAAAGACACACACCCAAACUCCCCCAUCGCCUCUUCGAGAGCUCGCUCUCCCUCGUCUCCGCUUCGAUCCAGCUACCCCAAACCCCAAUCGAUCCCCUCGGCUCCGUUCGCCUCCAUCGAUUCCUCUCGCAACCCGCUCCAAUUCUUCAAAAUCUCCAUCUCUCGUAGGAGGUAUGCCGGAUUCGCUCUCCUUGGUCCCCUAAGUUUCAAUUUUGUGUUGCUGUUCUGGGAUCAGAGGCGCGCUGGUCUUUUACUAGAUCCAUACGGGAUGGAUGGUGACUGGGGAUCUUUUUCUCUUACCGUGGAUUCCUUGGCGCGAUCGGUUUGGGUUCGUGCGUUGGAUUAGGAGUGACUUCUCUUGGUGAAGGGAUAUUGGUGUUUCGUUGCUAUGUCUUCGGUGGAGGAGGAGACGGUUGCUAUGAAGAGGGGGGUCGCGAACGGGGUUUCUGCGUCGAAGGAGGUCCGUGAACCGAAUCGGCAGAAGAAGAGGCGGUUGGUUUUGAGCGAUUCGGAUUCAGACGAUUGUUUGUUUUCUCUAAGCAAGGUGGAUCACAGGACCGAUCAGAACGGAGACAGCUCGAGCAUCGGUGAAGACAAUGGCGUGGAGCGGAUGGAAGAGAAAGGCAAGGUUGAGGUAGAGAAUCAGAAGAGGGUUUUAAGGCCAGAUUUCAUGAAGCGAAAUGAAGAGCUCAUAGUUUCUGACAAGAAAGAAGUUACCAAGCCAGAGUUGGAAAGAAGGAGUAGAGAGCCAGCUGAUGCCAAAGUUCCUGCAAAGAAACUGGAAAUGGAUUUUUCAGAACGAGGAGGAGGCAACAAUUCUGAAAUAUCAAAAAGAAAACUGUUGCAUGGUCGAGAUGACACAAAUGAUAUGGAGGCAGAAAAAGAUGUAGGUUCCAAACCUGUAGAUCCCACGAGCAGCAAGAGGGAUGGGUUGAUGGAGAAUGACACGCAGACAAACUCUCCCAGGACUAGCAGGAGAGAAGCUGAAAAAGACAAGCCAAUAGAGUCAUCAGGUAAUCAAACACUUCGUAUGAGACAUAAUAGCAGCAGUUCUGCUAAUGAAAAGAGAGCAGAUACUGCCAUGUCACAAUCCAAAGCUGGUGUUCUGACGUUGCAAGGGAAAAAUGGUGUCUUGAGGGUCUCACCAAGUAACAAAAGGGCAGAUGGGCUGAAGAACCUUCAUUCUAAAAGGAAAGAUGAGGAAAAAUUAAAGGCUGUAGGCUCUCCUAAGGAUUCCGCCCGAGGUACACCAAAGAGACCAUCUCUUUCUCCAGAUCAAAGAGUACAUGGAAAAUCAAGUACAGGAGCUACAUUCAGUAAGUAUCAAUCAAGAAAGGCAAAAAUUGACAAAACUGAGGAAAUUAGAUCCAGUAGACGAAAAACAAAGCCAGUAAUUGUUUCUCCGAAAAGAGAAAAAAAAAGAACGGAUAAGCUGAAGAACAGGACUGGUUUGAAAAUAAAGAGCAGAUCCAGCUCAAAAGCUGCUUUUAUUGCAAAACAAAAAUUAAAUAAAGCAAGUGUAGCACGCAGCACUGAAAAACAGAACCUCAGGGAUCAGAUAAAAAACAUACUUCUUAAUGCUGGUUGGACAAUAGAUCUGAGGCCAAGGAAAGGCAGAAACUAUGAAGAUUCUGUUUAUAUUCCUCCUGAAGGAAAAAGUGGUUAUUGGUCAAUUACAAAGGCUUAUGCUGCAUAUCAGGAACAACUGAACAGGGCAUGCAAUGAGAGGGGCAAGAAUUCUUCAGGAAGAUCCUCUAAAACAUCUUCUGGCAGUGACUCUGUCGUACCGAUGGAAUCCUUAGAUAUACUAAAGAGAAUUGUUAACAAGAGAGGGAGGAGGGAAGAGCUCAAGGAAACUCAAAGGGGCAAAAAGAAAGUAAAGAGAAGUUCUGACAUGAGGCAUGCUAGACAUCAAGACACUCAGGAUAAGCUUGAUGAUAAUAGAGGCAGAAAGAAGUCAAACAGUGCCUUGCCCUCAAACAAGAAGAUUGCUGUUGGUUCCACUGUUCUUAAGCAUGUUCAAAAAGGAAGAAACAAACAGAGAGGAUGCGCUCUGUUGGCUCGUGGCAGCAACCAGGAGGCAGAAGCUGAAGAUAAUGAUUAUGUUCCAUACAUCUGGAAAAGGACAGUUCUCUCAUGGAUGAUAGAUAUGGGUGUCUUGCCCAUAAAUGGAAAAGUGAAAUACAUGAACCAGAGAAAAACAAAGACAAAGCUGGAAGGCCGGAUAACAAGAGAUGGUAUUAAUUGCAGUUGCUGCAGUAAAAUUAUUCCUGUGCCAAAGUUUGAGCUUCAUGCUGGAAGCAAACUUCUCCAGCCAUCACAAUAUAUAUUUCUGGAAGAUGGAGGAGUUUCCCUGUUGCAGUGUCAGCUUGAUGCAUGGAAAAAGCAGGACGAGUCAGAACGCCAAGGAUUCUACUGUGUUGAUGUAAGCGGUGAUGACCCAAAUGAUGAUACUUGUGGCAUCUGCGGUGAUGGUGGUGACUUGAUCUGUUGUGAUGGUUGUCCUUCAACAUUCCAUUUGAGUUGUUUGGGCAUUGAGAAGCUUCCUCCUGGAGAUUGGCACUGUACAAACUGUUGCUGCAGAUAUUGUGGGGGUAUCUCUACUGAUGCCACCCGAGAUACGGAUGGAACAGUUUCUUCGUUACUCUCGUGCCACCAGUGUGAGGCAAAAUACCACCAAGGCUGUGUUCCUGAUGCAGAAUCUGUUUCUGCCAUUACCAAGAAUUCGGGCAUGUCUUUUUGUGCCCAAAGUUGCAGAAAGGUUUUCAAACGAUUGCAGAAGAUUCUUGGGAUCAAGAAUGACUUGGAAGCAGGAUUCUCAUGGAGUGUUAUUAGGCGUUUUGAUGAGGAUGCUCCCAAAACACCACUGAAGUCUCAUUUAAUUGCUGAAUGCAACUCGAAGGUUGCUGUUGCCCUUGCAGUUAUGAACGAGUGCUUUCUUCCGAUUAUUGACCAGAGAAGUGGUGUUAACCUGAUUCAUAAUGUUGUGUAUAACUGUGGAUCAAAUUUCAAUCGGCUGAACUAUAGGGGUUUCUACUCUUUUAUUUUGGAGCAAGGUGAUGAAAUUAUUUCUGUGGCAUCUAUCAGAAUUCAUGGAACUAAGCUGGCUGAAAUGCCUUUCAUUGGGACGAGAAACAUGUAUAGACGCCAAGGGAUGUGCCGUCGGCUUCUAGAUGGAAUUGAAUCAGCCCUCUUCUCUCUUGAUAUCGAAAAGCUGGUUAUACCUGCUAUUUCUGAACUGAAGGACACAUGGUCUAAUGUAUUUGGCUUUAAACCUCUUGAGGUUUCACAAGAAUUAGAAGUUAGAUCCAUAAAAAUAUUGGUUUUUCCUGGUACUGGUUUAUUACAGAAGCCACUCCUGAAAAUGCAUUCUUCUGUACAAUAUUCAGCUGUCGAUGGAGUUGAUAAUGACAUCAAACAUCAGCAUCAGACAAUAUCAACUCAUGUAUCAUCUGAGUUCUCAUCUAUUGAGCCCAACCUCCAUAUUCCUGGUCAGGAUGUUGUCCAUUGCAUAAAUCCAAAUCAAGAUGCAGAACCUAGCUUGUCAUCUUCUAGAGUUUCACCUGAUUCUUCUGAUUCUCCUCGACCCAAUUGUAAAUCUCAAGAAAACAAGAUUUUGGAGACUGCUGGUGAUUUGUGCAUGCACAAUUUUCCUGGGGGAGGUUUAUCAGGUUCUCAUGAUGAAGAUAAAUGUCAAGUUGAUUUUUCAACUAAUCAACAAGCUGAGUUGAUUAGUGAGCUAACUUUGUUUGAUAGUCAAGAAGGGGAAAAUGUAGAAGCUAAUCCAUCCGCCGAUCUGCAAGAAUGUGAUUCUGUUUCUAAGCAGAGUUAUCUGGAUGGUUUUGCCUCUGAUACUAAAAAAUCAGGAUCUGCUUCUCUUAGCAUGCAUUCCACAGAAUUUAACUUGUUGCAACAUAAAUUGGAGGAUCAUUGCACUCCUCUAGGUAUUGAUACUUUCACAUUGAAACAGAAUGUUAGGAUGAAUGUAGAACUUCCACUAGGCUCCUUGGAGUCUACAUCAACUCCUAGUCUUCAAUGUCAUGUGACAACCAAAGCUCAUUCUCCAAAUUCAUCAGAGAGCAAUGACCAGGUAUCUUCUGAAUCUGCUCAUGAUGCAAAUCAUUUUGAAAAAUCUCUUAUGGUGCAUUUAGAGCCAUGCUUUCUGUUAAGCAACGAAAUGAUGCAUAGCAUUUGUAAGGUGAAAGCUAAAGAUUCCAUCCUUGAUCCAAAGUCCUCUGUAAAUGAUGGGAACUCAGAACCUUAUGCUUUUGAAAUUGUUAAAAGAUGUCUGAAUGUUGCUGCUACAGAAGAAAGUGGGGCUUCUUGCUCAAGUGCUGCAGUUCCUGAUUCUGAUGAAAAUGCUAGGUUUUCUAUACAGCAAAGUAUUUUAGACACAGUUUACGUAACAAAUGGUACUGUUUGUGAAUCAAACUUAUCUUGUGUUGUUAAGAGCUGCAGGAUACCAAGUGAGACUAACCAUUCUCACAUGGCUUGUUCUGGGAUGCUAGAUGCAGAUAUCCAUGAUGUUCAGCCUAAUUUAACACCUAUCAAUUUUGUUGCUGCUGAUAUUUUGGACAAGUCUCAUCAUAUUUGCAAUGAGUUCACAAAUGGAACUGAAAGUAAAAAAUGAUGAGGUAUCCUUUGUCCAAUGUAUUGAUGAUUGUAGUCUUCAUGAUGCUUCUGUGGACAAAAAGAAGUUUGAUUUAGGUUCAGAACCUUCUUAAUGGCUACUGAUAAACCCUCUGUGGCUUAAUCCCAGCAGAACAUCUGUUUACUGGUGUUGCUGGGUUUCCUGUUGGAGAUGAUAUUCAUAUGAUACACAAGGUUUUUCUGAGGCAAGAUGCACAAGGUUGUUAGUGGACCCUGCAGGUUGCCAGUUGUGUACUGGAGAAUUAUUUUGUUGAUUCAUCUUGUAAAUAGUAAAGGCCUUUAAAAUCAUUCAAGCCCCUCUAUUGUGAGUUAGAAAGAUUAUCUUAAAGGAAUCUUAUCAUCUGAGCAUGGUGAGAAUGGUGCGUUAUUUUUCACAUGAAGUAUAUGGUGAUCUAUUGCAUAAUCAUCCUUGGUUUCAAUCAACAUUUCGCUGAGUUACCAUUGAGUUUCUAACAGAAGUGCAAAAUGAAGUAAACUAACCUACUUUUGGCGGUUAAAAAGACUGACAAGCCAAUGUUCAUCAAGGACUUACGAUAGUUCCUACUCAUGUACAGAGCAGAUUCAGUUGGAAUAAUCAAUCACCACAUCCGGCAGGUUUUUCUCUGCCAUGUAUAGAAAUCAGUGAGUGGUUAUCUGCUACUUAUGCAAUGGGGGAAUUACUGCAUCAAGGACCUGAUUUGGCGAAUCAAAGGAAUUAUCUCCGCAAUGAAUUUACGCGGAUUAGGAAUACUGCUAUAGCGCUGACUAGGGUGAAGGCUAGAGGGUUUGGUAUUCUUGUCAAGUUAGUUUAGGUCGAUUAGGAAACAUGUAGCAUAUGGUGCUAUACCCAAUUAUGCUUUAAUGGCCUUAACGAGGAGUAGAUGGAGACAAAGGCACAACCCAAAGGGAUGAUCAGAUCUAUUAAAGACUUGGCACGAACGGAGUGAGAAUGGGUGAAACUGAAUAUCCGAGAUCUCAAGGUACGUCCAAAGUCUCCUCUAAGUGUCUUUAGAAGAAAUAAUAACUAUCAAUUCGUCACUAAAGGCGAUUGUGUUU